AUGGCUGGCGCUGAGGUUCAAAGAAAUGAACUCAUCAAAAAUAAGCAGCCUGUGUUUUAUAGCUCUUCUGAUUGUGCUAAUCUGCAUCGAAGCUCGUCCCUAUCCUCAUGGAACAGGAUGCAUGGACGGCGGUGGAUAUUUCGGGCGCUAAAAGUUUUUUUUUAUACGAUAAUCAAAUUUUUCAGCAAAUGCAAGUUAAAAAAAAUGUCGCUGUCGCCGUGUGCUCUCUUCAAAAAAUUUCUGCGAAAGCAACACCUCAGCUACUUCAACCAGAUUUUCUACGUCUCCAGAAAAGAUUUGCCAAUUCAUUGAAGAGAACGUGGCUUAUAACAAAACACCGUCAAUAAAGUGCAAGUUACUGUUC